UCGGGUCUGCGGCUCGUGCGGUCCGUGCUGGUUGUCUCCGGCGUGGCCCUCGUGACCGUGAUGACUGGUGGGCGGACGGUGGUGGUGGACGGCGUCGUGCUGGAGCUCGUCGGCGGCGGUGUCGCGCUGGACGCGGCUGUGUUCGGUGGCGAAUAUGCGUUGUACGCGAUUGCGCGCGUGGUGGCGUCGGAGGGCGCUGUGCUGCGCGUGUCUGGGAGCCAGGUGUACGCCGCGCAUGGAUUGGUGUUCGACAGCGGGGUGGAGGCCAACGCGUCCGCCGUCGUGGUGAAUGACAACGCCGGUGUGCUGACGGAUGGCGCGCUGCUGGUGCUGCGGGAGACGGUGUCGUUUUUGUCCGGGUCGUGGCUGUCGGUGCGCGGCAACAGCAUCAGCGGCAGGCUCCUGUCGGUGCCUCCCAACCCGCGCAGUGUGGAAUUUUUGCAGAGCACGCUGACGUUUCACAAGAACGCUGGCAGUGGGCCCGUCGUGAUGGACGGCACCGUUGAGCUCGGGAGCGCCGGCCGAAGGUUCGUCGUGGGGUGCCUGACGCUCAACGGGCAGGCGCUGCAGCCGAUCAACUACAGGUCCGCCGGCAUCAUCGGGAAAGUUCGCCCCGUGGCGUGCAGCGUGUGCGACGCCGACGUGAGCUGCUUUGCUGCUGCGACGAGGGCGAUGUCGGAGUCGUGCGGCUGCCGCUGUGCUGAGGGCGGGUACGGGCGCGACUGCCUGCCGGUGUACCUGCCGCGCGUAGACGGGUGCAACCGCACGCCCGAGAAACCGCUGCUGAGCCACACGGCGACGCUGACGGCGACGCGCAGCCUGACACAAACGUGGACGCCAACAGCGCCAACAACGAGCCUGAGCGCGACGCGCUACAGUCCGACGAACUACGGACCGACGGAGACGCCGCAGGUGACGGAAACGGAGACGCUGCUGCCCACGCCGAUCCCGGCAGCGUCGGCUACGGCGACGGAGCCGCCGACCGCGACAAUGACGGCAUCGGAGUCACUGCCGACCCCGGCAGCGUCGGUUACGGCGACGGAGCCGCCGACCGCGACAAUGACGGCAUCGGAGUCACUGCCGACCCCGGCAGCGUCGGUUACGGCGACGGAGCUGCCGACCGCGACAAUGACGGCAUCGGAGUCACUGAGCAUGAGCCUGUCGGUGAGCAGCACGCCGUGGUGGAGCGACGUGGCGUGCCCGACACUCACCAUGACGACGACGGCGGCUGGUGGUAGCCUGACGCAGAACGACAUCCGCGGCGGUGGGAGCGCCGUCCCGACAUGGCUGAUGGUGGCGCUGCCGCCGCCGUUCCGGUGGGCACGCGACCCGCAGCUCGGCACGCACCUGAGCUUCGUGCCGGUGUCGACGGUGCAGCCGACCGGCUUUGGUGGUCCGUGGGGAGCGAUGCUGAGCAACGCGACGUGGGAGCGCAACGCGACGAAUCCGUCUACCGUCCUGGAGCUGGCUGUGCCCGUGCACCGCAGUUACUUCAUUGGUGCCGACGAGACGAUAGUCAUUCGCUGCGACGCUGUGGCGGUGUUUGGCGGCUGCAACGGUGCGCUACUUGGGUCUUUCACCAUCGCGUCCAACACGCCGCCCGCCGUUGCCAGCGCCCUCUCGGCGAUCACCGGCGUUGUUGCGGGUGCGACGGCUGUUGCCGUGGUGGUGACCGGCGGGCUGGGCUCCAUCCUGGAGAUGCAGGCACUCGGCGUGUUUGCGAAAAUGUCAUGCGCCUCGGCGCAGGAGCGUGCGAGCACCGUUGCGCUGCCGUACUUCCUGUCGGUGUUCGCUGCCCUUGACCCGCUGUGGAUGGUGGUGGGCAACGCGCUGCUCGCUGCUGUGUUCGGGUGCGUGCACUACGGUGUGACGUCGGCCUUCCAGCGGUGGCGCGGCGUGGACGCGGCGAGUGCGUGGGCGGCGAUGCGCUUCCCGAGCCUGACGUACGUCGUGGCGCACGCGAUGCACCUCGGCAUCUUCUUCGGCUCCGUGUUCGCACUGGCGAUGCCCGGCGCCCGCGUGCAGCACUACGUGAUCGGUGUCGUUGGCGUGCUGUACGGUGUGGCGUUCCCCGCUGGCGUGUGCUACUUGAUUGCCCGCCACACGGGCGCGAGCUUUACGAAGUACUGGCAGUUUUCGAGGAAGCCGCUGCACGAGCGCCUGCUGUACCCCGUCGGGUAUUGGCACCCCGCGGCGCAGCAGCGGAUGUACGGCGGCAUGCUGACGAACAUGAAGGGCAGCUACGUGUACUGGUGCGUGUUCCAGCUGUCGGUGCUGUGUGUGGUGGGCCUGAUUGCGGCUGUGCACCCGCCCGUGGGAGUCUGCCACGUCCUGUACUUCUGCAUGGCUGCUGUGCUGCUUGCGGGUGCGGGCGUGGUUGCCUUCACGAACAUGAUGCGCUCGGCCUUUCUGACGGUGAUGCGCACGGCGAGCUUUGUGCUGCUUGCGGCGCUGUGCCUGACCAGCGCGGUCAACCAUCUUGCGCCCAGCGACGGCGGAGCGAGGGCGUACGCAGCAUUUCUGAUGCUGCUGACCUCUGUGCUGCUUGCGGCCACUGUGUACUGUGCGGUUUUGUGGUACGUGGAGGACCACCACUGGCAGGAACUGCGCGAGCCACAGCGUGGCGAGCUGGAUGCGCUGCUGCACGAUGACGAGGAGAGCGACGAAGAGUUGCGGAAGCACCACGACAGGACAUCAUCAUCGUACGCUUCACGCACCGCCGGCGCGUCGUCGUACCGACCACCCGCACCGCCGCAGUGGGAGCGCAUAAUUGGUAGCAACGACCGCAACCCAGAUACCAUUGACCGUCAGCCGCAGCCACUGGCAGUCGACACCCACUCCAACGCAUUAAGCUUCCUGGACCGUGCAUCAACUACACGCGGAAGCGUGAAUCACGCUAUCCUGUGA